AUGAACGCCAACCCCCAGUGGGACAUCAGCAGGGCGCUGCGGGUGGCCAGGCUCUUCCACCUGGUGUGCGGGGUCCGGGACGCCUGCGUGACUCCCUUCCUGGCUCUCUACCUGAGGCAGCUGGGCUUGGCCGCGCCCUGGGUGGGCAUCCUGAUGGCGACCAAGCACCUGAUCGCGGCCCUCUGGGCUCCCUUCUGUGCCUUCCUGGCCAAAAGCUACCGGAAAAGGAGGGUGCUUCUGAUGGGCUCGCUGCUCGGCUCGGUGGGAGCCAGCCUGUUGAUGGUCCUGGUGCCGCCGCCGGACAAAGAUCCGGCGUACCGCUCCUGUAACGCCGGCGACCGCGCCACCCCCACGGCCCUGCCACCGCCACCGGGGGCCGCACGAACUGUGACCGUCGCCUCGGCCCGACAGCCCGCCUCGCGCCACGCGGCGGGGGCGCCCAGCCCCCCAGGCGAGAGCAGGACUGGGACGCUGGACGCCUCUGGCUUCAGAACGGCACCUGCGGGAAGCGGCCACCAAUCAUCCGGCCGGCCGCCUGGCUACGCCGUGCGCUCCGUGGAAGGCUUAGCCAGGACCACGUCCCCAGUUCUCCAUCCUGACACUUCAGGGGUGAAGGAUACUCCUGGGGAAGGUGCUUUGAAGGCGGGCAGGACGACCCUCCCUUUGCUUGCGGGGGGUACAGCCCCGGGAAGUCCGGCCAACUUGUCAGCAGCCCAGGGGAAUGGCCGGACCCUUGGCCUCUCCUUGGAAGGCUUGCGCUGGACUUUCUUCCUCUCCCUGGGGUCCCUGGUGUUCUGGGAGCUGCUGUCAGCCCCUCUGGAGCAGGUGGCCGACGACAGCCUUUAUGAAUACCUGGAUUUUGUGGACGCCACGGACCGCUACAGAAGCCUGUGGAUCUGGAGGCUGUUGGGCAUGUCGGCAGGUGUGUGUGGCAUCGCGGCCCUGGUGGCGCAGCUGGAGUGCGUCCUCAUGACAAAUGGCCCCCGGGGUGUGUUGCAUUUCUAUGGCUACUCGCUGGUCAGCACCCUGGCUUUACUGGUGAGCAUUGCCUUUCCCGUCCCCAUCUGCAGGCGGCAGGAGCCCAGCUACAAAACGGUCAAAGCGCUGUCCCUGGUGGGCGGCGACCCCCGGCUCAUUCUCCUAGCCCUCACCGUGUUUCUGAUAGGCGCGGCCACCAGCACGGUGCAGAACUUUCUGUUCUGGUACAUGGAAGACCACGGGAGCAGCGAGCUGGUCAUGGGUUUCUCGGUGGCCCUGGGCUUGCUGGGGGAAAUUCUACUCCAUCCGUUCAAAGCGAUGCUGCUGAAGAAACUGUCCAGGGUGGGCACGGUGGGGCUGGGGCUGGGCUGCCUGGCGGCCCAGCUGCUUUAUUACUCCUUCCUCUGGAGCUGGUGGUCGGUCCUCCCCGCUCAGAUCUUGAGUGUCAUCAGCAACGGGGCCCUGUGGUGGGCCGUGAAGGCCUCCGUCGAGGACCUGGCCACUCCCGGGACGGAGAGACCUCUGGGAGCCAUGUUCCGAGGCCACAUUUACGGGGGAGGGUCCAGCCUGGGCAGCGUUGUGGGGGGCUUCGUGGCAUCGUCCUUCAGCCUGGCUGUGCUGUAUCAGGCCUGCUGCGUGGUCCUGGUGCUCUGGCUGGCCCUGUUCCUGUCCAUCCAGCCCAGGCUACCCCAAGAGCAGAAAAUCAACUACUCGAAACUGCUGGUCAUGGAGGCCAGUGACACGAGCGACUCUGAGCAGGGGACGGAGCGGGACUGGCUGGUGAAGGCCAUGAGGGAGGAGUACUCAGAGUAG